AUGACGUUUGCUCCUCUAUCCUCUGCAAACCCUCUUCUCCUCCAAGAUAUCCCAACUCUCUCGGUCCUCUAUGCCCGCGGCCAACUUCAUCCCAACACUGAGGGGAUUGACCUCCCUGUCCCAGACCAAGUUCUAAAUGACAAAAUAUGUGCGGUUCAAGCCGAUAUUACUACCAUUAAGACGGAUGCCAUAGUCAAUGCCGCGAACCGUUACCUCCGUCCAGGAAGCGGUGUCAACGGAUCCAUCCAGCGUGCAGCUGGUCCUGAGUUGGCGGAAGAGUGUUCCACCUUGGGAACCUGUCCUACUGGCUCCGCAAGAAUCACAAAUGGCUACAAUCUUCCCGCCACCAAAGUUAUCCACGCGGUUGGUCCAGUGUUUAGGGAUCAUCAACUUUCGGAACCACUGCUGCGUAGUGCAUACCGGUCGGCGCUCAACGUGGCUGUUGACAAUGGUUGUCGCACCGUUGCCUUCCCCGCAAUUUCCACCGGUAUCUUCGGUUAUCCUGGUCAGGACGCCGCAGAAUGUGCCAUUUCAGAGGUUCGUGCGUUCCUCGAAGGACCAAAAGGUUCGCUGCUUGACAAGGUCAUCUUUUGCCUCUUCGUCCACAAUGACGUGGUCCUGUACUCCCGUCAACUGCCCAUCUUCUUCCCACCCACCGACCUCGACUUGUCCCAUGGAGGUGAGUAUGGUUUUGAUACAGUUGACCGCAACAAAGAGAACAACGAGCCAACCAAUGGACAGAACGCCUUGGAGCCUGAAGAUGCUGAGACAAGCCCGGUGAGGCGUCAAUUCACCCGAUCAGAAAUAUCCCGACUUCAGCUCGAUGGGGCGAAUGAUGAGCCUGCACAUGCUGAAGGAAACAACAUGGUCGACGACAAGAAGGACGCCAGCUUACAGACUAACGACGUAGGACCAUCAGGCAAGGUGAGCACCAAGUUCUGCACCAGUAGCACCUUCUCAGUCACUAACGCAGGAUGA